AUGGAGACCCGAAGAACGUGGAGCCGUAGUGGAACCUCACGCAUCCUGCUGUUUCUUUUGGCGGCCGCAGUCUGCGCCUCCCCCAUCCACCCUGACUUGUCCCCCAUCUACGACGUGGCUCUUGAUUUCAACGACACCCACCACCUCUUCUGGCGGCUAGACUACCCUAGCGAGGAAGUGAAGUUCGAAGUCCAUUCCAGAGGACGCGCCUCUCAACCUUGGCUGGCGGUCGGGUUUUCGGACCGAGGUCAGCUGACGGGUGCCGACCUCUGUGUCCUGUGGACAGAUUGGCAUGGGCAUGUCCACUUCCAGAACGCCCUGGUGGACGACAAUGAGAGGCUGGUGGUGGCCGACCAUCAAGACUGUAAGGAGUUCCGCUACAAACAACUGGAAGAUGUAAUUAAACUCACCUUCUCCAGGGAGUUUGACACCUGUCAUCCCAAGCACUACGCUAUUCAGGGUGGAACAACGCACGUGGUCUGGUCUUGGGGGUCAGGACCUCUGUACAGGCUGGACGGAGUACUGGCUAAAGGUGACAAGACGGGACUCACACGAGUGCAGCUGCUCAAGGCUGUACCUCCAGAGACUCAUCGUGACCAGGACAAUUCUCAGCUCUUGGAGGUACGGGCCAGGAAAGUUGAAGUUCCAGCAGAGGAGACAACAUAUUGGUGUACGGUGCAGAAGCUUCCAGACAUCUUCCAGGAGAAGCAUCAUGUCUUGGAGUUUGGACCUGUCAUUGAGAAGGGGAACGAGGAUGUCGUUCAUCACAUGGAGGUGUUCCACUGUGAAUACCCAGCAGAUGUAGACGUACCCAGGUACCAGGGACUGUGUCAUGCUGCUGACAGAGCGCCAGAGAUCGACGCUUGCAAGAGAGUGUUGGCUGCUUGGGCCAUGGGUGCUACUGCCUUUAUCUACCCUCCGGAGGCUGGGAUGCCCAUCGGUGGAGCUGACUUCAACCCCUACAUCAUGUUAGAGGUUCACUACAACAACCCACAACUGAUCACUGGUCGUGUUGACAGCUCAGGCAUCGCCUUGCACUACACCAGUGAGCUGAGGCAUCAUGAUGCUGGUAUCAUGGAACUGGGGCUGGAAUAUACCAGCAAGAUGGCUAUUCCACCUGGAAUGACAGCCUUCACCCUCUCCGGUUACUGCGUCCCCGAGUGCACAGCUCUGGGGCUGCCUGAGGACGGUAUCCACAUCUUCGGGUCGCAGCUACACACACACCUGACGGGGCUGAGAGCCUGGACCAAACACCUCAGAGGUGAGGAGGAACUUCCAGAGCUCAACCGUGAUGACCACUACUCCACACACUUCCAGGAGAUACGCAGACUUCCUGAACCAGUCCAUGUACUCCCGGGUGACGCCCUCAUCACCACCUGUGAACACUCAACAGUGACGCGGACCAAUGUGACGGUGGGAGGGUUUGCCAUCAGUGACGAGAUGUGUGUCAACUACAUUCACUACUACCCGAAGGUGGAACUCGAGGUUUGCAAGUCUUCAAUCGACUCUGCAACCCUUAUUAGCUACUUCAACUUUAUGAACAGGUGGGAGUUACAGGACACAUCACCAGAGUUGGGCUGGAGAGAGAACUAUCAAAGCAUCCACUGGACGCCUCUCAGAUCUGGGAUGCUGGCUGACCUCUACAACAACUCUCCCAUCUCCAUGCAGUGUAACAAGUCGUCAGGUGAGAGGUUCCCCGGCUACUGGGAGAAUAUUGCCAUCCCUCACGCCAUUCAUUCUCUCCCGCUGCAUCAAAGAAAAUGUAAUCAGAGAACGACGCUUGUUAGAGAAAACGAUGUUGAAGGACAUACUUUCUUAAAAUGAAUUGCCCGUGUUAACUGUCGCAGUUUAGAAUUGUGUCCUAACCUGAGUGUGUCUUGUCAUGGAAGUUAGUUUAUCGACACACACUGAGGUAUUUUAUUAAUGGGAAUUGACUUCUGGAUACCUGUAAUACCCACACAUCAUGUUUUAAGUAGUUUAUUAUCAAUAUAUUUUAUUUUUAUCGUGGGUGAAAUUGACGGCUACCAUAUCCUGUGGCCUUUUUAAGGGAAACCCCAAGGAAGGAAGCCCUUGUCUUGGGAAGGUUUCCCCUGUUUCAUAUAAUUAGUAUGUGUAUUUAGUGAACACUAUAACUCAAUAUAUUAAGCUUCACUUGUGUAUCAUUGACGCAAAUUUUUAAUGAGGAUAUGAAACAACAGUGCAAUAAGAUCACAGUAAACAGGUGAUUUCAGAAUAUGCAAAACAACCACUCUGAAAGAAUAGAGAAAUUCUAAGCGCUUUCGUGACUACUCACAUUAUCAAGGAACUAUGAAAGUAAAGCAUCCAAGGAAGGUAAAUAAGGGGUCUGGCCAACACCUCACUAUCAGAUCCCACAACGGUUAAACACCUGACGCGCGCCGGCCCAACUGGACAGGUCCUUUGCACAACCCACCAACAA